AUGCUAUCACACUACUACUAUCUACUACUAAGUUAUUCUUUUCCGCCUAACAUUCUUUCCUCUAGGUACAAAAUAGUGAGUCUGUUGGGAUCAGGUGGUUUUGGAGAUGUCUACAAAGUAAAGCAAAUGGGAACUGGACAAUUCUACGCGCUAAAAACAGAAGAUGUCGACAUCGAUUCGAGGUUGAAUAGGUUAAAGGUGGAAGCUACCGUACUCAGUGCAUGUGGUACUGCUCAAUACCGUAGGCACUUUUUGCGGUUGAUCGAUCGUGGUGUUACUCCGAAGUUCAAAUUCAUCGUGAUGCCUAUUGUUGGCUGGAGUUUGGACAAAAUUCGUCGUGAUGUACUGAAUGGAGCGCAGUUCUCGUCAGUACCCACUUCAUGUUCG